UUUCCAAACGGUCCGCUUUUCACGGUGCACACUUGGUUAGGAAGAAGGGAUUUUUUAGCGAUGGGUAAAAUUGUAACAUUUUAUUGAAAUAUGCAAAAGUUGGUAUGCAUACCUACGAGCUGUAUUCGGAAAUAUGAACGAUAUAUUAUAUUUAAGACUUUUAUGAUCAUUUGAUGUUUUUUCCUGUCAUAUUUAAACUGCGAACGCUUGGCUGGACACAGUAACACUCAACAGACUUUAUUUUCUUUGGUUGCUCUGUUACACAGGAAAAUCAUUUUAAAAGUAUCUUAGUUGGUCUCCCAGCCUGGUAAAGCGCCUCUGUUGGCUGGCUUUAGAGGGGUUUUGGAUACUGUAAGCUGGGGGACUAGCUAGACCAGUUGAAAUCAGCAUUAUUUUAGUCUGGUUUAAGCUGUUAAGUGUAACAUAUACAGUUUCUACACCGAUAUCUCAGGCGUUCAUUCAUAACUGUUUUUAAUUAAAGUGUAAAGAGAAGAGUUUGCAAACAUGCCCACUGUGGUUCUUAUGGACUCGUCGCUGUCCAUGACACGACCGGUGUCAGUGGAGGGCAGUGAAGAGUUUCAGAGAAAGAACCUGGCUGUUCAUGGACUGACCAUGCUGUUUGAACACAUGGCCACAAACUACAGGAUGGAGUUCACUUCACUUGUCGCCUUCUCCUCGCUCUGGGAGCUUCUGGUGCCAUUCACCAGAGACUACAAUACUCUGCAGGAAGCCUUGAACAACCUUGAAGACUAUGAUAAAACCUGCCUGGAGGCUGCAUUACAAGGUGUUAGUAAUAUAGUACAGCAGGAGUGGGGAACCUCUUGCCCAUGCCAGGUGGUGCUGGUUACUGAUGGUGCACUGGGCAUUGGUCGUGGAUCUUUGCGUCACUCCCUACAAACAGUGAAACAACGUGUGGAGGACAAGAAAUUCCCACUUCCUUUCCCAUUCCCUUCCAAACUCUAUAUCAUGUGCAUUGCCAAUGCAGAGGAGCUCCAAGCUACAGAUGGUAUGGAUAACUUAGAGCAGCUGAUUAAUUUGAAUGGUGGAGAGGGUCAGAUAUACACUAUGGAGGGACCCCUUUGUCUGAAAAGUGUCCAGUCUAUGUUUGGUAAGUUGAUUGACCAGGCGUACUCUCCUUUCCAUGCGGUGCUGCGCUGUGGGAACCUGACCUCUGAUGUGCAGGUCUUUCCCAGGCCAGAGCCAGUGAUUAUAGAUGAGGAAGUGGAUCCUUUGCCCAAAACAGUGCAAACAGACUUGGAGAUUGUAGGUUUUAUUGAGAUUGGAGACAUAUCCAGCCCUCCGGUUUUAUCCAGGCACUUGGUCCUGCCCAUUGCUGUGAACAAAGAGGGGGAUGAGAUGGGUACAGGGACCUCUGAUGAGACAGAGGAAGAGACCUCCACAAAUCAGAUGGCUGGCAAAAGCCCAAACUUCUGCGUUCUUCUACAUGGCAGCCUAAAGGUGGAGGGCAUGGUGGCACUUGUACAACUAGGGCCAGAGUGGUUCGGAAUGCUUUAUUCCCAGGCAGACAGUAAGAAGAAGUCCAAUCUAAUGAUGUCACUCUUUGAGUUCGGCUCAGAGCCUCUGCCCUGGUUGGGCAGAAUAUCACAGCUUGGACCUGCCUCAGAUGCAGCUGAAAAUCCCUAUGGUGAAGAUGACAGUAAAAGUCCUUUUCCCAUACAGCCAAAAAACAAGAGAAGCUAUGCUCAGAAUGUUACUGUCUGGAUUAAAGCCAGUGGACUGCAGACAGAUGUACAGAAAAUUCUCCGUAAUGCAAGGAAAUUGCCAGAAAAAACACAAACAUUCUAUAAGGAAUUGAACCGUCUUCGGAAGGCCGCUCUCGCCUUUGGUUUCUGGGAGCUUCUGAAGAGUGUGGCUGAACUUCUGGAGAGAGAGUGCACUCUGCUGCCUGACUCCGCCCACCCUGAUGCCGCUUUCCAGCUGUCACAUGCUGCCCAGCAGCUUAAACUGGCCAGUAGCGGAGACUCUAAAUAUGCGGCCUUCGAACAUAACAUCACCCCCAUGCUAACUGAUUUCUCAGGGGGAGGAGGAGCCGAGAGAAUAUAGAGGCUAAAUGGAGGAACAACACUCAAUGGACAACUACCAGAUCAGUUAUAAAGGAAUGUACCUUUAUCUAAAAACUCUGCUCAAUGUGUAAUGUUCAUCCAAGGAAAAUAGGUUACUGUAUCAGGAUCACACAAAUGUGGCAUUUCAAUGUUUUAGUAGUGCCGCAAAGGUUGGGUUUGCUGUUUUGAUGAUAGGUAUAAAACAAGAGGAAACCUUGGACUUUGUAACAAAUUAUGAUGUUGAGCACUCAAUUUGAGGAAAGAAAAACAUUCAGUUUUCCAAGAAAAUGCAUUUAGAGGCUUUGGAAUCUAUUUUCAGGCCAGUAACUUUGUGUAAAUAUUUUUUUUCUAACAUUGACUAAUAGAAAACUGUCUAGUUUAUGUUUAAUGAUAGUCAUCUGAAAAUCAAUGUUUUGUUUCACUGAAAUUUAAUUAAACGUUUUCAGUUGCAUUUUCA